UCUUCCCCUAACCCCCACUUUCCUCUUACCCUUCUCUCUCUCUCCAUCUCUCUCUUUCUCUCUCUAACCCUCCACUUCCUCUCUCUACCCUCCUCUCGGAGAUCCCAUUUCGCCUCCCUUCUAAACCCUAAACCCCCUCCCUCCCCACCUCCCUCCGAUUCCCUUUUCCCUCUCUCCGAUUCGCCAAACCCUAAAGAUCUAACGCCUCUCUUCGCCACUCCUCGGCGUCUUCAAAUCGGAGACGUCCAGUGACGGUUCGGGCCGGUCGAUCGUGGUUCGAUGUCCGGCUUGGCUCGAGCUCCCAACCGGCAGCCUGCGCCGCCUCCGCCGUCCGCAGGUGGCGGCAGCAGCCAGAUCGUGCCGCCGAUGAGGCGGCACCUAGUGUUUGAGUCUAAGCCGCCGUUCUUUCCUCCGGCGGAUUAUCAUCAAUUUUCCGGUGGUGGUCAGCGGCCGGCGGACCAGGAGCCGGAGGCUAUUGUGGUUCGAUCUCCGCAAUUUAAAAGGAAGGGUCCAGCGGACAACAAUGAAGCUGAGAACAACGAUUGGACUAGCAGUCCAGGAUAUAAUACCACUAUUCAAAGUCCCUUUCAAACUCCUGUAUCUACUACAAAAACAGGAAAGACAAACAAUAGAACAAAGGCUUCAAAGGGAAAAUCUGGGUCUCAGACACCUGCGUCAAAUGCUGGUUCCCCUUGUCCUCUUACUCCAGCUGGCAGCUGUCGUUUUGACAGUUCACUAGGUCUUUUGACAAAAAAGUUCAUCACUUUGAUUAAGCAAGCAGAAGAUGGAAUUCUUGAUCUAAAUAAAGCAGCAGAAACUCUAGAGGUCCAGAAGAGGCGUAUAUAUGACAUAACAAAUGUCUUGGAAGGCAUAGGUCUCAUAGAAAAGAAACUCAAGAACAGAAUACGUUGGAAGGGAUUUGAUUCUUCAAGGCCAGGAGAUCUCGAUGCUAAUCUCUCUAUAUUACAGGGAGAAGUGGAAAACCUAACUUUAAAAGAGCGCAACUUAGAUGACCGAAUAAGAGAGAUGGAAGAAAAGUUGAGGGAUUUGAGUGGAGAUGAAAACAACCAAAAGUGGCUUUUUGUAACUGAAGAAGACAUUAAGGGCCUACCUUGUUUCCAGAAUGAAACUCUAAUAGCGAUUAAAGCUCCACAUGGAACCACCUUGGAGGUCCCAGAUCCCGAUGAAGCUGUUGACUAUCCACAACGGAGAUACAGGAUAAUACUUCGAAGCACAAUGGGACCGAUUGACGUGUACCUUGUCAGUCAAUUUGAGGAGAAGUUUGAUGAUGUCAAUGGAGUUGAGCCACCUGUUAGCCUCCCAAUUGCUUCUGGUUCUUGCUCUAAUGAGCAAUCAACAGCAGAAAUGGCCGCUGGACACGACAGAGGAAAGUUAAUUGAACCUAGGGCGCAACAAGCUCAAGUUGAUCAGACGUGCUCUGAUGUAAAUGCUUCUCAGGAGUUUGGUGGGGGAAUGAUGAAGAUUGUUCCUUCUGAUGUUGAUAAUGAUGCAGAUUAUUGGCUUUUGUCUGGUGUUGACGUUAGUAUUACGGAUAUGUGGAGAACAGACUCAGCUAUUGAAUGGAAUGGGGAAGACAUGCUUAAUGCUGAUUUUGGACUGUCGGAUGUCACUACCCCAAGGCCACAAACACCGCCAUCUGGAAUAGUUGAAGUGCCAUCUCAUGCUGUUAAUUAUUCCCAAAGGUGAGUUUGGGUUCGUGUAACCAGCUAAAUUUGUAGAUAUUUCAUGUAUCUACUACCCCAUCCGUGGUCUUCCAUUGCUGCAAAGUAUUGCAUGCAGAUGCAAAGUGAUUUCCUGACAAUGAACAUGGGCAAAAGAUUGUGGAAGAAGCGGAUGGCAAGCUGGGGAGUAUUGUUAUACUGUACAGUCAGUAAUGCAUUUGACCCCCUGUUGUAGGAAUAAAGACUUAAUUUUAUGAUACUUUAAGAGCGGAGGAUAUCUAGCGAGAGAUGAGUUAUGGUGCACUUAAUAAUCUUAGGCUACAUCGGUGAUGACAUAUUGCAUAAUUUAGUUGUAUGAUUCAUGUUCAUUAUUUAAUGUAUUGAGUUUAGUUUGGAAAAGCCUCGUCAAUGUGUGAAUUUCACGCUGGACAGGCUUAAUUUCUAGGCGUAAUCUGAUCAUGUUUAGCAUUUUGACACAUUUUUGAAAUGCUUGAUGUAUCAUUGUUGCCAUACCAGUUUUGUCUCAAUGCAAUGUCAUUUUUCCCGGUUGAGCCAUGUAA